AUGUCAAGGCUCAUCAGUCUUCGUUUCAAGAAGAUACAUUUGGUCCUUCUGUUUGGCUGUGUGUUUUUGGUGUGGAACUUCAUCACCUUCUACACGCUGUCCAGCAAGCCCAGACCUAUGAACACAGAUAAAGAGAUACAAUUGGUCAACCAGUUACAAGCAUUGGAGAAAGCCAUGAGCAAGCAAGCGGAGGAUAACAGGAAAAUCUUGAGUGGCCUCCAACACUUGAAGGAUACCAAUUCAACAAAUUCGAACAUGAACUUGACUAACAGCAACAAAGAAGGUGUCCUACCAAUACUGAUGAUUGCCUGUGAUAGGACAUCAGUCAGCCGAGCCCUGGAUAAACUGCUAGAAUACAGGCCAUCUGCCAGCAAGUUCCCAAUCAUUGUCAGCCAGGACUGCGGGCAUGCUGAAACUGCAGAAGUGAUCCACAAAUAUGUAGUUUCCCAUAACAUAACACAUUUAAAGCAACCAGAUUUGAGUAACAUCAACCUAGCAUGGCCUCAAAAGAAGUUCGUGGGCUACUACAAGAUCUCCAGACAUUACAAAUGGGCCCUGGAUCAGAUUUUUGUCACCAUGAAAUACAUGGCUGCCAUCAUUGUUGAAGACGACUUAGACGUGUCGCCAGACUUUUUCGAGUAUUUUUCUGCAACCUAUCCUAUACUACAGAGUGACCCUAACCUCUGGUGUGUGUCAGCAUGGAAUGACAACGGAAAAGAGGGCAUGGUAUCGGAUGAAGCAGAACUUCUUUAUCGCACCGACUUCUUCCCAGGAUUAGGCUGGAUGAUAGAGAGGAAACUUUGGUUGGAGCUGCGAAACACUUGGCCAGAAGCAUUUUGGGACGAUUGGAUGCGACACCCUGCUCAGAGGAAGGGGAGAGAAUGUAUACGGCCAGAAAUCUGUAGAACGAGCACAUUCGGCAGGAAAGGUGUCAGCAAGGGCCUGUACUUUGACAAGCAUUUGAAAUAUAUAAAGUUGAACACUGUGUUCGUUCCAUUCACCAAAAUUGAUCUAUCUUAUUUAGAGAAGAAUAAGUAUGAUGCAACAUUUACCAAGAUGGUAUACAGUGCUCCACUGCUCAGCCCAGAGGAAGUCCGGAACGGGGCCCAGCCAACCAGUUCGGUUGUCAGGGUGGAGUACACAACUAAAGACAGCUUUAAACGAAUUGCCGCUCUACUGGGUAUUAUGGAUGACUUCAAGGCUGGUGUUCCACGGGCAGCUUACAGAGGAGUGGUCAGUUUUAUGUUCAGAGGCCGAAGAGUGUUUUUGACACCACCGUCAUCGUGGUCAGGAUAUGACACAAGCUGGACUUAA